UGAAUAAAAGCCCACUAAGCCGAAGCGCGCUUAAAUGCUCCACACUCUCCACAGACUCACUGCACUAUACUGCUUGUCCGAAUCUCCACCAAGUCCACUCCGCCGCCGUUGGCUCACGCCGGUGAUUAAUUCUACUUUGGAUUUAAUUUCGUUCUAGUACAUAAAAUUUGUCGACUGCGUCAACCGUAAAGGGAUGGCUCAAUUGCAUGCAAUCUCUUCGUGUUCUUCCACCAAUCUACUUUUCAAUGGUUCUCAACGAGAUUCAGCUAGAGUCUAUGGCAGAGUUCACUGCCCCAAGAAAACGGCUUCAGAACAAGAGCUAGGAGUGAAAGCCAGCGAGUUUCACGGUCUUGCGAUCUCUCAAAACAGAGAUCACUUUGGUCUUGCUCGUGGCAAUCAUGCUAUCCAAGCAGUUUUGGCUAGUGAUAAGGAGGCUGUGACUUCUACUGGUGUAGAUGGAAAAUUGCUGGGUAAGAAGUUGAACAAAGUGGUCCUGGCCUAUAGUGGUGGUUUAGAUACCUCUGUUAUUGUACCCUGGCUUAGGGAGAAUUAUGGAUGCGAGGUUGUUUGCUUCACUGCAGAUGUCGGCCAAGGGCUACAAGAAUUGGAAGGUUUGGAAGAAAAGGCCAAGGCUAGUGGGGCAUGUCAGCUAGUGGUGAAGGAUUUGAAGGAGGAGUUUGUGAGAGAUUUUAUCUUUCCUUGCUUGCAAGCUGGUGCAAUCUAUGAGAGAAAAUACUUGCUUGGGACUUCAAUGGCUCGUCCAGUUAUUGCAAAGGCAAUGGUUGAUGUUGCCAAAGAGGUUGGAGCUGAUGCUGUUUCUCACGGAUGUACUGGGAAAGGAAAUGAUCAGGUCCGCUUUGAGCUCACUUUCUUUGCCCUGAAUCCUGAACUCAGUGUUGUUGCUCCUUGGAGGGAAUGGGAAAUUAGGGGAAGAGAAGACGCAAUUGAAUAUGCUAAAAAGCAUAAUGUGCCGGUUCCAGUGACAAAGAAAUCUAUCUAUAGCAGAGAUAGGAAUCUGUGGCAUCUCAGUCAUGAGGGGGAUAUAUUGGAGGACCCAGGAAAAGAGCCAAAGGAAGACAUGUACAUGAUGACUGUUGAUCCAAAAGAGGCACCCGAUCAACCUGAGUAUGUAAAAGUUGGUAUAUAUCAAGGUCUCCCUGUUUCAAUUAAUGGAAAAGAUCUGUCUCCCGCAUCUCUACUUGCUGAGUUAAAUGACAUUGGUGGGAAGCAUGGCAUUGGGCGUAUAGAUAUGGUUGAGAAUCGGCUUGUUGGCAUGAAAAGUCGUGGGGUUUAUGAAACUCCUGGAGGAACUAUCCUCUUCACUGCAGUGCGUGAACUUGAGUCUCUAACCCUUGAUCGUGAAACCAUGCAAACUAAGGAUUUUCUUGCCCUGAAGUAUGCUGAGUUAGUAUAUGCUGGCCGGUGGUUUGAUCCACUUCGUGACUCAAUGGAUGCUUUUAUGAAGGAAGUUACAAAGACUACUACCGGAUCGGUAACUUUAAAACUCUACAAAGGAUCUGUCAGUGUAACAGGCAGGGAAAGCCUCUAUAGUCUGUACAGGGAAGACAUCUCAUCAUUUGAGAGUGGGGAUAUCUACAAUCAAGCUGAUGCUGCUGGUUUUAUCCGCCUCUAUGGAUUGCCUAUGAGGGUUCGAGCUAUGCGUGAGAGAGGCCUCUGAUGUGUUUAGAGAUCUAAGAUUGUCUAUGUUCUGUAGUUGGAUUGACUUGGCAUGUGAUGUUGGCAUUCUCACCUUUCUGCCCACCGGUUACAAACUUAAGGUGAUAAGGGCAACUUGACUUAUGAUAAUUAUUAGUGGGAAUUAUCUUGGUCUUUGGUUU